UCUAUACAAUCUGCCACUUCCUCAGGCUGACCAAAGUAGUGCAGUGAGCCUGAAGAUGGAUUUGAAUUUUCUUCAGUCUCUGGAAAAAGAGAUCGUCCUGGAGGUUCUACGGAGAGACAAACAGCUGCGCAUUAUAGAAGACGACAGGAUCAGGAGGAUGAAAUAUGAGCUCCAGGAGCUUCGCAGAAGAGGAGCUAAGAGUUUCGCCCGGCAGUACGGCGAGAGGACCUGCGCCCGCUGCCAGAGACCCCUGGGGCGCUUCUGGAACUCGGGUGACGUUUGCCGCGGCUGCAGCCACCGCAUCUGCGGCAGGUGCCGCAUGGGCGUGGGAACGGUCGACUGGAAGUGCACCGUCUGUCACGCCUACAGGGAGGUGAAGAUCAGGUCCGGACAGUGGUUCUUAGAGGAGAAGCUCAAGAAAUUCCCAGUCACCACAGACAAGAAUGAAACAGUUGGAGAGAAGCUGUUACAGACCUACAACGUGCUGAGUCAUAUAUCCGUUGUGCCACCGACUCCUCCGCCUCAUAUGGAUCAUCAUUUCAUGAGCAGAUCAGGGAGCUUGAAGAACUCGAAGCCUUUCACCAAAUCUGUGGAGGAUCUGAUGGUUUCGUUCACGAGUCAUAUCAAGAGGAUUUCAUCUUCUCAAAACGACCUCCUGGUUGUUAACGACACCCGCAAAGGGUCGCGCUGCCAGUACAGCACGCAGAAGAGCCUGUCUGAAACUGACAUCAACAAACCUGCCUACCUCUUUAAAGGCCCAAGUCUUCCAAACCUGUUCAAGAAAAAUAAAGACAGUGACCAGGAAAGCUCCUCAACUGGGGCAGAAGAAGAGACUUCCUUCUGCAGCUCUGACUAUUCUGGAGGAACCAGAGGCAGCAACAGCAGCCUCUUUGAGAGCAUCAGCGUGACAGGAGAGCUGGAGCUGGCACUCGUCUACAACUCCAACACCUCCUGUCUGGAGAUCACGGUCGGCGCCUGCAGAAAUCUCUCUUAUGGAAAUGCCAAAAAGAGGAGAUGUCACCCAUACGUCAAACUCAUUGUUCUGCCAGACGAGAGCAGCAAAAUGAAAACGAGGGUGAUGAAAAACACGACCGACCCCGUUUAUAACGAGACGGUGAAGUGUCAAAUUGAGCGCCACCUGCUGUUUGGAAAGAGACUGCAGGCCUCCGUGUGGCACAAGGGAACACUGAGAAGGAAGGUGUUCCUCGGUGAAGUCCUUAUUCCACUGGACGGCUGGAGAAAUGAGGACAAAGCGUCACAAGACUUCAACUGGUACCCGCUGUGUCCAAAGGGUUCGAGUCCAGAUGGAGGCGCUGUGGAGCAGGACGGACAAGAACUCAUGGUCAGAGUCAAGCUCAGCUCCAGCAACCAUGGUGUCUGACUGUGACUCAGAUGACGCCCAUUAGUGGAGGUGAGACCAGGCGACUCACCCGCUGCUGUUCAAGUGACCACAGUGUGAACCUGGACCUGUGGGACCAAACCCUGAAAUCAAACCUGGUAGCACCAGAGAUUUUAAAUGUUCUCACCCUUAAAUAACCAUUUGUCUGGUAAAUUAUCUAUUUUGCAGCGCAGAAGAGAAAAUGUAUAUCACACUAUAAUGUAUUUGUUAGCUGAUAUAUAAGUGUAUGUAGAAGUGAUGUAGGCACUGUAUAUGACAACUGCUCAUCCCUAUAAAACAUUAACAGAAAGUAAUGACUGAAUAGAAUAGAACAUUUGAUGUAUGUUAUUUAUUUAUUUUAUGUGUUACUGUGCUUUGUUAUGUAUGCUCAUAUUUAUCGACGAACAAUUUAUUAAUAAAUACUCUGCUGCUGAAAAGUGAA